UCAGGCUUAGAUCCCGCCCUGCAAAAAAAAUACUGAACAGUCAAAUGGAGACAAUAACUUCUUUUCAAUUUUUGGCUUCGAUCUAAUAAAGCGGAAAGUUCAAACAAACACCUUUUGCGUCUCCAUUUUCCCUUUCUUCUUCGUCUUCUCCAAUCUCCUGCAAAUUCUCUCUGUAUUUUCUGUUCAGCUCUGUAAAUGGAGAGGAUUGUGGUGAGAAGAGAGAAGCUUCGAGCAUGGAUAUUCCUCUUCCUGUCGGUUGUUUAUUCUGGGAGGAUGACCUUAGCGGCCAGAUCUGAAAAGGAGAUUAGGGCAAGGUUUUACGGUAAUUUAGUAAAUUCGUCCGCUCCCGUAACUAAUGAUGGCACUAUUGCCAAAAUGUUCGAUCGUGUUCUCGAGAAAGAGUUUUCUGAAAACGAUCAGCCUGAAGGUUCUGAUGGACGCAGCUUUAACAGUACGGUUGCUGAUGAGACGGGAGUCCUGGAGACGGUAGCCAAAAUUACCCAUGAGAAGAUCAAGAAGAAUGAGACACAACAGACAAAUGAUACUAGAUCAUUCAAAUUACAAGACGUUUUCUCCCUUGAAAAUGAAGGUUCUGAUGAUGUUACUACAUUGAUUGACAAAAAGGAUAAUGUGUUUGUCAUGUCAAAUAAGAAAUCAAAAUAUCCGGUGCUUCAAGUUGAUGUGAGACUUAUCUCAGACUUGGUGGUGGUUAUAGUCUCUGCUGCCAUUGGUGGAAUCAUCUUUUCUUGUUUAGGACAACCGGUUAUUGUCGGUUAUCUUCUUGCUGGCUCAUUAAUUGGACCAGGGGGUUUGAAAUUCAUCAGUGAAAUGGUACAGGUUGAGACCGUUGCUCAGUUUGGAGUUGUCUUCCUUCUAUUUGCUUUAGGUCUGGAGUUUUCCUUGACAAAGCUAAAAGUUGUUGGUCCUGUUGCUGUUCUUGGAGGGUUGCUUCAAAUUGUUAUCCUUAUGUUUCUGUGUGGCACAACUGCAAUGUUAUGUGGUGCAAACUUGUCAGAGGGAGUGUUUGUUGGUUGCUUCCUAUCAAUGUCAUCAACGGCAGUGGUGGUGAAAUUUCUGGUUGAGAAAAACAGCAACAAUGCUCUUCAUGGUCAAGUGACAAUCGGAACAUUGAUUUUUCAGGACUGCGCUGUUGGCUUAUUAUUCGCUUUGCUUCCUGUUCUUGGAGGUAACAGUGGGCUUUUGCAUGGAAUUAUCUCUAUGGGAAAAGUGCUGCUGAUCCUAUCCAUGUACCUCAGUGUUGCAUCAAUUUUAACUUGGUCAUUUGUUCCACGUUUUCUGAAGUUAAUGAUUCGGUUAUCUUCUCAAACCAAUGAAUUAUAUCAGCUUGCGGUGGUGGCAUUCUGCUUAUUAUCUGCUUGGUGCAGUGAUAAGCUGGGCCUUAGUCUUGAGCUGGGUUCAUUUGUAGCCGGAGUUAUGAUAUCCACAACUGACUUUGCAAAACAUACCUUGGACCAGGUGGAACCAAUCCGUAAUCUCUUUGCAGCUCUCUUUCUCGCUAGUAUUGGAAUGCUGAUACAUGUACAGUUCCUUUGGACACAUGUGGAUAUCUUGCUUGCCUCCGUUAUCCUGGUUAUAGUUUUUAAGACUACUGUAGCCACUGUGAUUACAAAGGUUUUUGGAUAUAACAUUAGGACGUCACUUAUUGUUGGACUUUUGCUUGCACAAAUUGGGGAAUUCGCAUUUGUGCUCUUGAGUCGUGCCUCGAACCUGCAUAUUGUUCAGGGCAAGAUGUACCUUCUUCUUCUCGGAACAACUGCUCUAAGUCUUGUCACAACCCCCGUCUUGUUCAAGUUGAUACCUGCUAUCAUGCACCUGGGAGUUCUUAUGCACUGGUUUCCUGUGGAAAACGUCGCACCAGAUGAGGAGAAAGUUGCAAUGAUUGUUGAUACGCACAACAGAGUAUUGUAACAUAGGCUGUGUUUUAUAUCCAGUAGUAUCAACACAAUGGCUAGAUGACAGAGAAUUGUAAAAUAUACCCAGUUUUGGCGGGCAGUAAAUUCGAUGUGCAUUACUCAGCCUGAACUCAUCAAGGAUGCAGAGGUUAGAUAAAAGUUAGAUUUAAAAAAAUUACGAAAAAGUUAAAUUUGUUAUGUACAUAAAUGUUCUGAAUAUGGAUGCUGUAUAUAUUCUCACAGAACUUGUCCUUGACAUCACGCUCACAAAAAAAAAAAUGUACCUCGACAUUUAUAGUGAAUGCCAACGAAUUAUCUGCCAUCCAAAA